AUGGCGUGGGGCUACUGGUCCGCGUCGUCGGUGAUGCCCGACCGGGGUCGGAGCCCGCGCCGAGCGGGCACAUCGGCGGUGCACGUGCACCCGAACCCGCCCACCGCCCGCGAGGUGCUCGAGACGCACGAAGAGAGCAUCCUCCACACCGCUUCCACGUCACGGGACAGUCGCGACCACUCCGCCUCGCCCCACUCCUCCUCAAACGGCGGCCACUCGCACCACCAGCACGAGGUCAGGCACGCGGUGCCCGCCAGCGCCCUAUUCGGCGAGGGUUUCGGCGAGCUCUCGCGGCGCCCCUCCCUCGAUCUGGGCUCGGUACGGAGCGCCCUCGCGUCUUGUUCGGCCGGUGGCACACUCAGCGCCGGCUCUACCCUCACGCGGGGCGGCACGAUCGCCGACUACCUGCCGCCGACGCCCUGUCCGCACCACCAUCGCGUGUACGUCGACCACCACAAGCACUACGAACAGCCGAUACAGCCGGUGCACGUGGGCGUGCCGCACCAUUCGCACUCGCGCGCUUCCAGCAGGCAUCACACCGACGACGAGGACGACCUGGAGCCAGCUUACGCCACAGGUACGUUCGGUUGGAGAUUGAUAGUAAUCGGUGGACGACAAGACUUAUCGUUAGAUGUGUGGAUCAAUAAAAAUAUUGUGGCUAGAGAAAUCAGGCUGCAUAAGAAUAGACACUUUGUUUUUAGCCAU